UGAUUUGGCUUUAAUUUUUUGUGUCCUCUUAAACCCUACCGCCCUUUUGGAAAAUUAUUUUUACAUUUUGUUUCUCAAAUAGAAGGGAGUCCAAUUUCUAUCGAAUUCUUCGCCGUGCAAGUGAAACCCAGUGAGUUCAAGGUAUUUUUUAUUAGCUUUUCUGUGGAUUUACAUCAAUGGUGGGUCUUUCUGUUGGAGAAAAGCAUUUCAUACAAGGUGGAAUUGCUCAAGACCUUCGUUCAGAUGGUCGAAAAAGGUUAACUUACCGACCCGUAUAUGUUGAAACUGGAGUUAUUCCUCAGGCACAUGGUUCAGCAAGAGUUAGGCUUGGUGCAACUGAUGUUAUUGUCAGUGUCAAGGCUGAACUUGGAAAACCAAGUGCAUUGCAACCUGACAAAGGAAAGAUUGCUAUAUACGUUGAUUGUAGUCCAACUGCGGCACCAAUGUUUGAGGGUAGAGGAGGUGAGGAGUUGUCAACAGAGCUCUCAGUUGCUCUGCAACGUUGCCUCUUGGGUGGCAAAAGUGGAGCAGGAGCUGGAAUUGAUCCUACAUCUCUGCUGGUUGUGGAAGGAAAAGUGUGCUGGGAUCUCUAUAUUGAUGGUCUUGUUAUUAGUUCAGAUGGGAAUUUGCUCGAUGCCCUUGCCGCUGCCAUUAAGGCUGCUUUAAGCAAUACCGGCAUCCCUAAGGUCGAUGUUGAAGCCGAGACAAGAGGUGAUGACCAACCUGAAGUCAACAUAAGUGAUGAAGAGUUUCUGCAGUUUGACACAUCCGGGAUCCCUGUCAUAGUUACAGUAACAAAGGUGGGGAGGCACUAUAUCGUCGAUGCUACAUCAGAAGAGGAAUCACAAAUGAGCUCAGCUGUCUCGAUUUCCGUCAACCGGAAAGGGCACAUCUGCGGCCUCACGAAACGGGGAGGUGCUGGCCUAGACCCGAGUAUUAUUCUUGACAUGAUAUCAGUAGCAAAACAUGUAAGUGAGCAGCUAAUAAACAAAUUGGAUUCAGAGAUUGCUGCUGCUGAGGCUAGUGAAGAGGAAUCAUGACUUUGUUUUUGACCUUUAUA